AUGUCCACCCGAGUCACAGACCCAGCCAGUCAAAUCUUCACCGCAACCGGCAGGCCAUUGCGUGGCAACGUGUACUAUCCAAGUCCGAUAAACAAGAUUCGUUUCGCGGAGAACCGUCAAGACGCGGGCCUUCAGAACUUCAGGCUGGCGUUAGUUAGGCCAUUGCGUAUGACAAUGCAAGGGACCACCCCACAGCGCGUCGAGGAAGGGCUCGAGAACAUUGCAGCAUUUUUGAAAUGCAAGGUUACCAGUCUCUUGCAAGGCAGCUUUCCCGACGACGAAGUCAAGGAGAUUGCCACAAGAUUGUCCACCCGUGGGCAGAUCGCAGCCUUCGCUCUCGUUUUUGACCUAGGUGGCCUCAUCGGGGUUGAUUUUAGUGAAUCCCCCAUGCCCUUGGACGCUGGCGAUAUCCUUGGGUUGCUCUACACGGUGGGCUAUUUUAGUCACCGUGAGAAAAUUGAGAGUGGGUUGGAGUCGCUCGUCGGUACCGCUCUUGAUGAAACCGUUUGGGAUGGUGCUGCCGACAAAUCCGAUGAGGAAGAGACUGAAUCGGAUGGUGCCCCCGAGAAGUUCGAUGAAGAAGACAGUGGGUGGGAUGGCGCCUCCGAGGGGUCAGAUGAAAAAGAGAAUCAGUUCGCUGUCACCACCAAGGUUGAUAGGACCGCCCAAGAUAUCCCGGCAUAUCUUUGGCAAGACUCCCCUCAAUUGGCACAAUUCUUGCGAGAUCGCGGACUCACAAUUAGUGUCAAAUGCUACGAGGCGGAAGACGCGGAUCCUGCCAGCAGCUACUGUGCUGUUCUUAAAAUCCAGAGCAUUGGCAUGGGUCUACGCCGUUGGGAUAUCUCGGAGUCCGCGGAGAACUACUCCGAGGCGAAGAAUAAGGCGUACCGUAACGCUCUCAGUAUUCUCGACGCGGCCUACAUUCCUAAGAUGGCUUUUUAA